AAAAAGAAAACCCAGACGGAGCCUUAAAAAUGCUAACGUAGAGGAAUCCCGAGAAGAACAGAGGAAGGAAAGAGAACUCGGAAAGAAAACUCUCUCUCUGCUCGAUAGUCGUUGGGCUGUCCCUUUCUCUCUCUAAAACUCGGAGCUCGACUCAGCGAGUCAGGGGAGAGAUGGGUCAGGAAUCGUUCAUAUACAGCUUCGUGGCUCGGGGGACAAUGGUGUUGGCCGAGUACACCGAGUUCACUGGGAACUUUCCAGCGAUCGCGACUCAAUGCCUCCAGAGACUCCCUUCGGGCAACAACAAGUUCACCUACAACUGUGACCAUCACACCUUCAACUUCCUCGUCGAGGACGGUUACGCUUAUUGUGUCGUUGCCAAAGAAUCUGUUGGGAAGCAGAUUUCUAUUGCAUAUUUGGAACGUAUGAGGGCUGAUUUCAAGAAAAGAUAUGGUGGUGGCAAGGCUGAUACAGCUGUUGCCAAAAGUCUCAAUAAGGAGUUUGGCCCGGUUAUGAAAGAGCACAUGCAAUACAUAAUCGACCAUGCUGAGGAGAUUGAAAAGCUAUUAAAAGUGAAGGCCCAAGUUUCAGAAGUUAAAAGCAUUAUGUUGGAAAAUAUUGACAAGGCUAUUGACCGAGGGGAAAACCUAACUGUUCUCUCAGACAAAGCACAAGAUCUUCGUGAUUCGGCCCAAGAAUUCAAGAAAAAAGGGACACAGAUCCGAAGGAAGAUGUGGUACCAAAAUAUGAAAAUUAAGGUGGUUGUUCUCGGAAUCCUAUUACUUUUGGUCCUGGUAAUCUGGCUAUCUGUUUGCCACGGUUUUGACUGCACCAACUAGCAUUGUUGACAGCGCAGAUUUGGAUGAAUUGUCUUCUGCUAAAGUCGGUUAUGCAGCAGAGAAGAGUUGGUUUGGUCUUGUGAUGAAAGUGAAAACUCUCCAAGUUGGGCUCAUGAAGUGUGAGAGAGAUGAGUUCUUGGAGAUGUACACACCUAAUUAACUCUUUUCUUUCCUUUUUUUUGUCAUUUUAUAUUCUGUUACAGAAGUGAUGGUGAUGGUUUUGGGUUGAUGUUUGUUGUGCUAUAAAGUGCUGUAAAAAAAUUUCUUUUA